UCUCGCGUGAGGCACGCGAAAUCGCGGGAAUUGAAAAUAUAAUUGAAACUGAUCUAAGAGAAACUCCAAAAACAGCGGAAACUACAAAGAAAACUGAGUAAAAAAGGGUCCCACAAAGAAGUAUUGCUAUGCCUCCAAAGAAGCGAAACCCGGAUAGCGAUGUCAACCUCGCAGUUAAGCGUAAGAAGAAGAAGAACAACGAUUCAGACGAUGAUUUUGACGACGAUGCAGGAGAAGAUGCAGAGAACAAUGGUUCUGCUGAAGUGGUCGGAGAAUAUCCAGACGUUACACUGGAGGGUUCCAUGCUGAGUGGAGAACUUCUUCUGUGUGGUGGAACAAACUGGGAUCUCAUUGGACGAAAACAGCUUCCAAAGAAUGCUAAAAAUGGAGGAGGACCAAACCUAUGGGGCCCUCACAGAAUGGACAACAUGAUCGGAACCAGAGUGAGAACAGUGGUAUCCGGGUCCACAGCCUGUCACAGUGUAGUUAUAACUGCAGACGGCAAGGCCAUGACAUUUGGCAGAAAUGACAUGGGACAGCUAGGGCAAGGCGACUGCUUACGUAAAGAUGUGCCCACUCCCAUCCCCUGUCUUGAUGGGGUCAACAUCGUAGAUGCAUCUUGUGGAAAGAACCACACUUUAUUUCUCACAGACAAAGGUGUGGUGUAUGCCUGUGGUGACAAUAAGAUGGGACAGCUAGGGUUGGGCCACCAGAGCGGAAAUAUAACCAAUCCAACACGGAUAUCUUACAAAGGACCUCCAAUUAGAAAGGUGUCAUGUGGAGCAGAGUUUAGCAUGAUUUGUGACAUCAGAGGCAACCUCUACUCCUUUGGUUGCCCAGAAUUUGGUCAGCUAGGUCACAAUACCGAUGGGAAAUAUUUCGUAACAAGCACAAAAUUAUCAUUUAAAUGUGAACUUGUCCCCAGAAAAGUGAAUGUGUUCAUUGAGAAGACUAGAGAGGGCCAUAUUGUACCGGUAACAGAUGUUGAAGUGCGGGACAUGAGCUGUGGCACAAAUCAUGCAGCAAUACGCGAUUCCAGGAAAAGGGUGUUUUCAUGGGGAUUUGGAGGAUAUGGUCGUCUCGGCCAUGCUGAACCAAAGGAUGAAAUGGUACCACGUUUGCUGAAGUUCUUUGAAGGUCCAAACAGGGGUUGUGUACAGGUGUAUUCUGGGUCUACGUUCAGCUUUGGACUCAAUGAGCUAGGUGUCCUGUUUCUGUGGGGCCAGACCAAGCCGACCGGUGAGGCGGCCAUGUAUCCUAAAAUGGUACAGGACCUCAGUGGCUGGAGGAUAAGGAGCAUCGGGUGUUGUAACAAAAGUAUAGUGGUCGCAGCUGAUGAUAGCCUGGUGUCAUGGGGACCAAGUCCAACCUACGGGGAAUUAGGUUAUGGGGACAACAAACCAAAAUCGUCCACCACUCCACAGGAAGUGAAGACCCUUGACAAUGUGUACAUCCACUCUGUCUCAUGUGGGUACGGCCACACGCUGAUGAUUGCCCGUGAGGAUGAUGACAGCGAAAAGGAAAAAAUAGCCAAACUACCCAUCUUCAAACCUUGAUUUUGUGACUGUAUUGUCCAGGAAGUUAUACAUUUGUGUAUUUGUUAGUGUCUUAGAAGGGUACUCUGUAGUCUUAUCAGGUAAAAUACCAAUUGUAUAAAUAAUUAUCAGCUGAAACAGGUGACACUGCAGGUAAAUGACAAGUUUUGUUUAGAUUCUAAAUCUACAAAUACCGUGUUUAAUUAUUAUAAAAUGCUGAUCUUUUUGUUCACAUUCUGGAUGAUCUGAUCAUUGGGAGGACAUUUCCAUUACGACUUGAUGUUCAUUUAAUGUAUCAUACAGCUUAUGAAAUGCUGUGCAAACAGAUUUUCUGAUGUUAAUGCAUGUUAUGUCCAUGGUUGAUCCAAUGGUUUCUAUGGUUACUAUGAUCAGUACUGAAAACCAUGACAUUCAUGGCAGUUGUUGUCAUGGAUAAAAAAAACGCAGCUCAAAAAAUUGUUUACAAGUGCAAAAAGCUAAUCCAGGAAAACAGUUGGCUUUUGUUUUGUUUAGGGGUAUGUAAAUUUCAAUUAAUGAUUAAAUGCAUAGAAUUAACACUUUCACCGCUGUAGACCAUGAUGGACUCAUCCAUAUCAAUGCAUAGUGUGUCUACUGAAGUUCCAUAGGGGUGAAAGGGUUAAUAGCCUUUAUAAAGGUUGGAAAGCAAACCAUGGAUACUGGAUAGAGCUAAUUACGAGUACAAACCAUGGAUACUGGAUAGAGCUAAUUACGAGUACAAAUGUUUUGAUACACUUUACAUCAAAAACUAUGAGACGGGAAUUGUAGAGAAUUUGUUUUGAUACAGUGAUGCAAAGAUUAUGCACAAGAAUACAACUAAAUACAUUACAGAUGUAUAUGGUAUUCAGGGGGAAACAAUUUUUGAAAAGUAAUUUGUAGUUGAUUUAUAAUUGUAUAUAUAAUGGUUUAAUCAAAACCAAAUCAUUUCACCAUUUGUAUGUCUGUAGUUUGGUCAGUUUGGAAGUCCCUUGCAAAUUAACAGUUCAUUCUAUCGUAAUAAAAUAGGAUUUAACUUUUCAUCAUCAUACAAUCAAUUUCCACAUCAAACUUUCAUAAAUCAUCUUCAACUUAUCAUAGGCAAUAAAUCUGCGUCUUAUUAAUAUGAAAAGUGAAUAUUUGUUAUUUAUGAUGUUUUAAGAUGCUAUGCUGUUUUCUAUGUUUUAUCUCGAUAUGUUCUUUGCUGUAUCGUUGAGUUUUUGUUAGAUGGUUGCAGCCAUAUAAUGAAAACAUGUUUUGUGUAUACCACAGCAUGUUCAUAGUGCUUGUUAUAAAUAUCACUCUACUUGGGUGGUCUCAUUUAAAUCACUAUUUUCAAAAUUAUUUGUAUGCAAGCUAUUUUCCUUCAUCACCUAUACCAAAUACCACUGAAGCAUAACAUACGGUGUGAAUUGAACAGAAAUGAAAUUUUCAGACUUUUGGCUAGUUAAAGCCUUUUUGAGAAUUUUAAUUUUUAUUAAUUUAGGAAACAGUUUGUAGAAUCUUGAUAACUGUAUGACACAUUUAUUUCAUGUAGAAGUAUGUGUCUUACAAGAAUGUGAAAUAAUUCUCUCGGAAUAUAACCAAGAUCUACUGUAUUAGCUGUAUGAAGUACUAAUGUUAUGUUCAACACAUUUGCUUGAAACUGAGAAAGGUAUUUAUGCAUAUUUGUGAAAAUCAGAAUACAGAAAAAGUUCAGAUAUAAAAUAUUAAAUCUUUAAAAACAUUGGGAAGGGGGUAAACAUUUUUUUUUUAACAGAAAAGGAGAGAUGAUGGAGUACCAAUACUCGUUAAGGAGUAUGGGGAUGAGAAAACGGGCAAGCGCAGUAAACAUAUGGAUCCGCUUUCAUCUACCGUCUAGAGUUAUAGUGUACACUGCAGUAAGGUUGAUCAUUUUGACAGAAGUGAUGAGUUGCAGAGAUUUUCAUUUGUGAAUCGUACAAACUUAUAUAUGUAUAUAUUUGAAGUAGAGAUCUGAUUUUAUGUAUGAAAUACAUUUUUUUGAAUGAUAACAUGUCGGUAAAAGCUGUAAUGGAUAUUACAACUUUUACCUCAUGGAUAAUGCUGAUGAAGUUAGUGUUACUCAUUUGUGUGUACAAUUAUAGUUUCAAAGUCUGUUCAUUCAUCUUUCUAUGGUACUUAUAGAUGUUCACAGCCAUUAUAAAAUUGCUUCAUUUUCAUGUCAUUUCCACAAAACCUGCUUUACUGUAUUACAUUUGAAAUUCUCAUACUGUCAACAGUAUGUCUUUAUAAGCUAGAUCACAGUGUGAAAAAGUAAAUGUCUAUACAUUUUGUAUUAUUUCAGUUAAUAGCAUAAUCAAGCACAAUGACUCCUCAUUAAAGACUCUUUCAUGUAAAAUAAGUUAACAUUAGCCCAUAAAUUAAUACUUGUACAAGAAAUUUUAAAGAAAUAUGUUUUGUGAUUUUCGUAUCAUGAUUCAGUUUGCUUGAUUUUUAAAAGUGUUUAAAUGAUACAUGGCUAGCUAUGCAUAAUUCAUCUUCUUAGAAAAGAGUACACACACUAUUGGUAUAUUGAGUGUGUUGAUAAUAUUAAUUCUGGAAUUUCAGAAUGCAAAUGAAAUAAUUUGUGUCGUUGAAAACUUCGUCCAGUUUUAAAUAUUUGCAACUUUUUAUAACAGAUUUAACAAGGUUUGAUAGUAGGUAUUGUCAUUUACCUGUAGUAAGUACAGGAAACUGUCUCUUCACCUCAGGGGCUGACCAUAACCUCAAGGGGACCGUCAAAACCUCAAGGGGACCAUCUUUAACCUCAGGGGGUUGUCUUAUGUACUAGACCUGUUCCAGUAUUUGUCUGUAAAACAGUGCUUAUUUUCAUGUUUAAAAUCUGUAUGAAAUUGGGGCAUGGUUAUAAAUAUCCCUGUGCUUAUCACAAGUACACAAUGGCAAAUCCUUUUAAACUUUCCUCUUCUGAUUUGUUGUUAUAUAUCCAAUUUUACCUCAUGAAUUAAUCUUGGUAAUAAUAUUAAUAUAAAGUGUUAUGAUGAAGGUUUACAAGAAUAGCAUCUAUUCCAUCCAUUUACGUCUUCUCCUUACAUAUCUUUGUACCAUGUGUUGUUUAUUGUAUACCUAUUUUGGAAUAACUUUCACAGAUUAUAAAUUGUUUCAAUUUAUUUGCCUUGACAUGACCAAAUACCGAUUGAUUUUAUAAUUUUGAUGUUUUUUGGCACGGUUGUGUGUAGAGCUGUUAUCAUGGGCUAAAUGUGACAUCACAAUAUUCUCAAUCCAUAAAAUCCCAGGAUUACCGUUACAUAUGAUACGUUCUGUGCACCCCUGGGAAAUGUCAUGAAAAAAUGAAAGGCAUGUGGUUAGCAAUUUGAUUUGUUUUCAGGUAAAAACAACUGACCAAUCACUUGACUAAUGCAUGUCCUUAAGAUUACAAAAGAGCAACACCUACUCCAAAGCUAGUCAAUUUUACCAUUACGCUAUUGUGCAAUUCUUUUAAUGUCCAUCAAAGGAUCAAACUUGUUAAAGGAUUACAAGUAUAAAAUAUCAAUUCUUGUACAAAAGCAAAGGUCUGCCAUGCUUCCUAUCCAAUAAAAAUUUAUUAGACACUAAGCAUCAGCUCAGAUAGAUGGAAUGUUGAUUUUGUAACAUGCGGGCAAUGCACCUUCCCUAACCACAGGGAACUGGCCAUAUAUGAUCCCACCGCUGCCACCUAAUUUAACGUGCGGGCGGUCACCCAUCCAACUACUGACCACGCUCGAUGCAGCUGAACCAGUGAGCGUGUCCCUGGGUUAAACAGCAUCACUGGAAAAGCAAGCCGGCUAGCCAGUAGGCCAGUAUUUCCCCCUAAUACUCUUUUUAGUUUUUACAAUUUUGCCUUUGAUUCAAAUGCUUGAAAAUUUGAUAUCAAUAUGAAGAGCAUUUGAUGGGUAGUUGAGGAGGAGAGUUUCAAAAGCAAAGCAAGGGAGUGGAUAUAAGCUAGAUGCACUGAUUUCAGGAUGACAUUGUUUGUAUUGUAUUGUUGGGGACCAGUUAUUAUGACGACACAUCAUGCUACAUGAUAACUAUGCGCUCCAGUUGUUUACCAAGCUUUCUUGCACAUUAUUUGCAUGUCACAAAAUACUGCAACAGUAUAGAGCUAUUUCAAAGCAAUUUUUAAAGAAAUUUCUGACAAUUUUUUACUUGUUGCAACGAAAUGCAAAAUAUUAGACAUUUUAUAGCAUUUAUUUAAUAUCUCCCUUUGAUAUCGUCAUUACUUGAUUAUUUGACCAAUACUUAAACCGAGUCCAAAAUAUAUGACUUAUUAGAAUUUUUUUGAAAACGAUUUACUCUGUUUAUGGAUAUUAAGAUGUGAUUGUGUUGUAAAAGCUCCUUAUAAUAGAAACCUGUGUAAAUAUAUUAAUGGUGUCGGAAAUGGCCAUUCAAAGUUGUGUAUAUAUAUAUAGAAAUUGUGUGAAGCACCAAAAUACAGGUUUGCUCUUGCCUCUCGUCUAGAAAUCCAUGCCACACAAUAUUGGAUGUUAAACUGCAUGUAUUUGAUAUAUAUCCUUGAACAAAUAACAUUCUUAUAAAUUAUUUGAAAUGAAUUAUUUUAGAAAGUGGGGGGGAAAAAGACAUGAAAAAUGGUUUUAAUGUGCAGGUGUGAAAAAAUAUAAGUAGAAAUUGGUGUACCCAUUAAGAAAUAAAUAUGAGAAAAAUGCACCCUGUUAAAAUUAAAGCACCUUGCAAAUACUGGUUUAGUCAUAAAAAUACUACAUAGGUAUAUCAAAACAUGUUCACUGUAACUGAAUUGCAAAUACUUUGAACCAACAAGUUUAAAAAAAAUAGUUUUUGCCAGGAUAUGGUUAGAAUUGUAUCAACAAGAACAAAGCCUGGACAGGUACUGCUUAGUGUUUAAUGUGAUACUUCUGAUAUUGUUCUGUUUAUAUAGUUUUGUGGUAGGUUUUAUCAUGGGUGUGCAGUAGUUAAUUACAUGUUUGCAUCAAAACCAUGAACAAAAUGCAAUAUUUUCAUAGUUACAAAAAAUGUCUAUGUGAAAUCUGUUUUAUUUACUGUUUAUGUUGGAAUGGGGUAAUGGUAUCGUGUAUGCACCAUUAACUUGCUUCCUAGACAAGCAAGAUCUGUUGCUGGUGAUAAGACUGAACAAAGAUAUGUACUCUUAAUCAAUCUUUUUACUUUUUAUAAUACAUAUUCUUAUACAUGGAUUUACAUAUGAAAUUUAAACUAGAAAAAAGACAUUUUAGGACGUUAAUGAUAACUUAAAUUAUAAUCAUGUUCUCUGCAAGUUUACAGUGCGUACACUUUACUCAUCCCUGAAUGUCAACAAUAGGCUGUCCUAGGAAGAAGCUAUUGUGAGAUAAGAGGGCGAGAAGGUUGUGUGUAUCCAUGGCAACUCCUCACAAUCAACAUUGUACAAACUCAUAAAAACAGUACCUCAUAUUAUGUCUUUGAAAUUUGACCAUUUUAUUUACAAUUAAAUGUUUUGUCUUGAAUUUUGAAUUAGAUUUCAGAUUCAGUAUAUCAAUAAACUCUGUCUCUACAGAUAA